GAAGUCAUCAGAGAUCGUAAUUAGAAGAAAACAAAAGGAAGCAGAGAGUAAGAAUGUCGUCGACGGUGGGAUUAGCACCGGGACUAUCUCGGAAGCUGAAGAAGGUACUGGAAUGCCGUACGGAUACUCCGGAUCUGGUGGCGUCGCUAAACGCUUUGUCUUCAUUCUACGACGAGAACAGCGCCCACGCGCGGCGGAACCUCAGAUCGACGAUCGAGAAGCGCGCGCUCCAGAUCAACAGCGAGUUCCUCAGCGCGGCCGAUUCGACUCAGAUCGCGUUGGAUCGCGUGGAGGAGGAGGUGAACGCUCUAGCCGAUUGCUGCGACAAGAUCGCGGCGGCGCUGAGCAGCUCGGCGGAGACGACGAGCGAUAUCGUCAGCACGACUGAGAGGCUGAAGCAGGAGCUGGAGGUUACGACGCAGAGGCAGGAGAUUGUUGAUUGCUUUCUUAGGGAUUAUCAGCUGUCGAACGAAGAGAUUAAAGCGCUUAGGGAAGAUGAAUUGGAUGAGAGUUUCUUCCAAGCCUUGUCUCACGUUCAGGAGAUUCAUUCCAAUUGCAAAUUGCUUCUCAGGACGCAUCAUCAGCGAGCUGGCUUGGAGUUGAUGGGUGUGAUGGCUAUGUACCAAGAAGGAGCCUAUGAGCGGCUUUGCAGGUGGGUUCAGGCUGAGUGUAGGAAACUGGGUGAUACGGAUAACCCAGAGGUUGGUGACCUUUUGAGGACCGCUGUUCGCUGUCUGAAAGAGAAACCUGCGCUCUUCAAAUAUUGUGCAGAGGAGGUAGGGAAUCUGAGACAUAAUGCGUUAUUUAGAAGGUUUAUUAGCGCUCUUACACGUGGAGGACCUGGAGGAAUGCCUAGACCUAUUGAAGUUCAUGCCCAUGACCCCUUACGAUAUGUGGGUGACAUGCUUGGGUGGCUGCAUCAGGCUUUGGCAUCAGAAAGAGAAUUAGUUCAUGCUUUAUUUGACAUAGACUCAGCAGACCAUAAAUCAACCGCGAAAAAUACGUCUGAAAAUGAUUCCCUAAAGGCAGCAGAAUCUGAUUUCACAUUUGUUCUGGAUAGAAUUUUCGAAGGAGUUUGCAGGCCAUUUAAAGUGAGAGUCGAACAAGUGCUUCAGUCACAACCAAGUCUUAUCAUUUCUUAUAAACUUACCAACACCUUGGAGUUCUACAGCUACACUAUCUCAGAUUUACUUGGGCGAGACACUGCUUUGUGUAAUACAAUCGGAAUGGUUAAGGAUGCUUCACAGAAAACCUUCUUCGACAUUCUUAAAACCCGAGGGGAGAAACUUCUACGAUACCCUCCACCUGUAGCUAUUGAUCUCUCUCCGCCACCAGCUGUCCGAGAAGGAGUUUCUUUAACUCUUGAGAUAAUCGAGAACUACAACAGCAUGAUGGUUUCUGCUUCAGGAGAGAAACCGGCGUUUGAUCCCGUCCUCUCUGCACUGCUUGACCCUAUCAUUAAGAUGUGUGAGCAAGCUGCAGAGGCGCACAAGUCGAAGAUGAGCGGUCAAUUAACCAGACGAAGCAGAACAAGUAGCGACUCAAGCCAGUUGACAUCAGUGGAUGCUCUACUCUCUAGCAGCCCUUCUCCACCGCAGAACAAUGAAACACCUUCGAAAAUAUUCCUCAUCAACUGUUUAUGCGCGAUCCAACAACCGUUGCUAAGACACGACGUCGCGUCCCAAUACGUAACCAACAUUGGAUCAAUGAUCGAGAAUCACAUAAACCUCCUCGUCCAGAAAGAAGUCGACGCACUGCUCCGAAAAUGCGGUCUUUCGGACAAAAUGCAAAUCUUGCGCUCUUACACAACUGAACUUCCAUUGUCUGAACGACAGGAGACAUCACCCGCAAAGCUUUCAGAAUGCCUCAAGGCCUUCUUCGGCCUCGUUUUAGGAAGCGAAGGCUCUCUCCCCGAGUUCGAGCAGAUACAAGUUCCUAAACUCAGGUCUGAAGCUUGUGUCAGGGUGGCUAAAACGUUGGCUGGAGAUUACGAGGUUAUAUACCGAGCUGUAACUGAUCAACAAAACGGAUAUCCAGAUCCGAAAUCCCUCGCUCGACAUCCACCGGAUCAGAUCCGAACCAUCCUUGGUAUAUGAAUGCAAAGCUUCUUCAACCCGAUAUUUUCUUGUGAUCUUACGAGAUCAAUCCUUAUAAGAGCAAACGAACUUUUUGAUUUUUUCACCUAAAUUUGUAUUUUCUUGUAAUAUUUACAUAUGAAGUUUGCAAUUUCUUUAUCAAUUUGUUUUGUUAUUUGGUGGGAUUCAAGCUUGACUUAGCUCAAGAGUGUGUCUUGUACUUCUAUACCAGUUGCUUUCAUCUGAUAGAGGAGUUUUGAUGGC